AUGUCUAACUCUGAUGUGGGUAAUACUAAAAAGCGACACCGUUUAUCGGGAUCGGAGUACAGAAAAAGACGUGCGGCGACAGAAGCUGAAAUUGCCAAGCAAUCCGGCUUAAUGUUUAAAUUUUUUAAAUCCAAACAUGAUGAUUCCGUUAAAUCUGAAGUUAUCGAUGAAGAUACAGAAGUUACAGAUUUUAACUUGGAAAACGAUAAUCCUGAUGACCAUUUAAAUUUAGAGGUUGAUAUUAAUAAAGAUAAUGAUGAUACUGUUAAAUCUGAAGUUACCGAUGAAGAUGGAAGAUCUGAUGUUACAGAUUUUAAUUCGAAAAUGGACAAUUCAGAUGACAAUUUAAAUUUAGAUGUUGAAAUUAUUAAGGACCCUGCAAAGUGGCCUAUGAUUCUAAAAGAAAGUUUUCUAAUGUUCACUACUUUAAGACACUAUCUAAUGGAGAAAAGCUUAAUAGAACCUGGCUUAUUUAUUCAGAGAAAAACUAUCAACGAUGAAAAUCAAGCUUUAAUUCGUAAAGAAACAAAACACUGGAAAGCCGUCAUUGAAAGAAUUAUAUCUCUUAUUCAAACUUUGGGAAUGCAAAAUUUAGCUUUACGAGGCAGUUCUGAUAAAUUAUAUGAGUUCAAUAAUGGGAAUUUUUUGAAGUUUAUUGAACUUCUGGGAAAAUUUGACCCUAUCAUAAAAGAGCAUAUUAGUAGGAUAACAUCUCAAGACAUACAUACUAAUUACCUCGGUAAAAAUAUUCAAAAUGAAAUAAUCCAACUUUUAGAUAACAAAAUAAGACAAAAAAUAGUAUCAGCAGUACAAAAUUCGAAAUACUAUUCAAUUAUUUUGGACUGUACACCUGACGUUAGUCAUAAAGAGCAAAUGACAAUGAUUAUAAGAUUCGUAACAGCUACCGAAAAGAAAGAUAAUGUCCCUGCAAAAGUUUCUAUAAAUGAACAUUUUUUAACAUUUAUCGAAUUACAUGAUACAACUGGUUUAAAUAUGACGAAUGUUUUACUUGAAACUCUUAAAAAAUAUGGUAUUGUAUUUGAUGACAUGAGGGGACAAGGAUAUGAUAACGGUGCCAAUAUGCGUGGUCAACAAAAUGGUGUCCGAGCAAGAGUUCGCCAACUUAACCGAAGAGCGUUCUAUGUACCAUGCAAUGCUCAUUCAUUAAAUUUAGUUUUAAAUGAUUCGGUAAAUUGUUGUCUGGAUGCAGUUAUAUUCUUUAAUAUAAUUCAAGAAGUCUAUGUUUUUUUCUCUGCGUCGACUCAUCGAUGGGAUGUCUUAGUAAAACACAUCAAUAACCUAACUGUAAAACCCCUAAGUGGGACCCGCUGGGAAAGCAGAUUAGAUGCAGUACGAGCUAUAAGAUUUCAAAUCAAAGAAAUAUAUUCAGCUCUUUUAGAAAUAUCUCAAGAUAAUUCCUUGGUAAACUCUUCUGGUGUUAAAAGUCGCGCCGAGGCAAUUGGUAUCAUCAAUAAGUUUUUAAACUUUAAAUUUUUGUGUUGCUUGGUAGUUUGGUACGAUAUUUUAUUUGAGAUAAAUAUUACCAGUAAAAUGUUACAAUCAAUAUCGCUUGACGUUUCUGAAACAGUUAAACAGUUAGAUUCAACUAAACUUUUUUUAAUGAGAUAUCGUUCUGAUGAAGGGUUUCAAAAUACAAUGAAGUCUGCUAAACUACUAGCAAAGGUUCUUGGAAUUGAAGAUUCAUUUCCAUUAAUAGAUCAAAGUAGAAUUAGACGUACAAAUACACAGUUUAAUUAUGAGUCACGUGAUGAUCCCAUAAUUGAUUCUAAACAAAGAUUCAAAGUAAACUUUUUCAAUGCAAUUUUAGAUAGAGCUAUACAAUCAAUUAACGAACGAUUUGUAUUACUUUCUGAGCAUACAAACUUAUUUUCAUUUCUUUAUGACAUUUCCAAAAUAAAAAAUAGUGAUGAACUUAUGACUCAUUGUAAAGAUCUUCAACUAGCACUUGCAUCAGAUAACGGCUUAACUUCUGACAUUAAUGCUGUAGAAUUAUAUGAUGAAAUUACAGCUCUGCAAAGACGAUUUAAUGAUACAGAAACAAAUCCUCGAAUUGUUUUGGAAUAUAUUUGUGAAAAUCAAUUAGUUGAACUUUUUUCUAACACUUAUAUAUCGUUAAGAAUCCUUUUAACACUUCCUGUCACGGCUGCCACGGGGGAAAGAAGUUUCUCAAAAUUAAAAAUUAUUAAAAAUUAUUUACGAUCCACAAUUACACAAGAUCGUUUAGUGGGCCUUGCAAUGAUUUCAAUUGAGAAAGAAUUAGCCUAUAAUAUGGAUAUGGAAGAAGUUGUAUCUGAUUUCGCUAACGCAAAAGCAAGAAAAGUCAAGUUCUAA